AUAUUCAUGGAGAUCUUUAUACAUGUAGCAUGCUCCAUAAAAUUUUGUUUGAGAAUGGAUAUCUAAUUGUUUGGGUGUUGUAUGAAUCGUACGGCCACCCACACACUGUUUUCCCAUCUCUUCUCUCUGGCUCGUUCGCUCUGACUCUCCGCCGAUGGCGAAGGCGUUGCCAGGUGGUGGUGCUGCACAUACCAUCUCACUCACCCACACCACUCCCCUCCUCAGCAGCAUUGCGGUUUCGGUGGAGGCCCUUCUUAUUUCAUUUGUUAUGCUCCUCCUCCUCCUCCUCUUCAUCCUCAUCGCCUGCAAAUUCAGACCAUGGCGCUUCCUCUCUUCCUCCUCCUUCUCCACCGCCGUCUCUUCCCGCUCCCGCACCGCGAUCAAGGCUGAAGAUGUGGAGAGGCCUUUUAUAUCAGACGACUUUGAUCUGGGCGGUGAAUUCGGUAGAAGUCAUUCUCUAGAGAGUGCAGGUCACCAUACUCAAGAAACUUUUGGUUCUCCUCGGACCCACAAGCCUGUACAUAAACAAAGACUCCCCUAUCCAACAUCGCAUUUGAAACACAGUGAUAGUUUUGUUCUUGAUAUUGGUGAUACUUCAGAAGAUGCUUUACUGGGGCAAACACUUAAGCGUCCGGUUGGAAUAACUCAGUUUCACGAAGAGCCGAAACCAGAAAGAGCUGAAGAUACCAAGAAGCUUGGGGAGUUUGUUCCGAAGUAUCUCACUGAUCAAAGCAGUGUUCUUAUGCUGGAGGUUAUAUCAGGGCCAUCUUGUGGCCUUAGGUAUUCAGUACAGUCAAGUGACACGUCCAGACUUCCACUUAGUCUUGGAAGAGUGGCGCCUAGUGAUAUAAUGCUGAAGGAUUCUGAAGUUUCUGGAAAACAUGCCCUAAUAAACUGGAAUUUGAAUAAAUUGAAGUGGGAGCUGGUUGACAUGGGUAGCUUGAAUGGCACUCUUGUAAAUUCUCGUAUAGCACACAACCCUCAUUCAGGAAACAGACAAUGGGGUGAUCCAGUCGAGCUUGCAAAUGGAGACAUAAUAACACUUGGGACAAGUUCAAAAGUGCUUGUUCAGGUUACGUCCCAGUCCGAGUGUCAUGUUCCGUUUGGGGUUGGGCUGGCAUCUGAACCCAUGGCCUUACGCCGUGGAGCCAAAAAGUUGCCCAUGGAAGAUGUCUCUUUUUACCAGUGGCCUAUACCGGGGACUGAUCAGUUUGGGUUGUUUGGCAUAUGCGAUGGGCAUGGUGGAGCUGCAGCUGCCACAUCUGCUAGCAAACUACUGCCACAAAUUGUUACUAGCAUUUUGUCAGAUUCGUCAACGAGGGAGGCAGUUUUGUUGCAAUGUGAUGCUUCAAGUGUCCUUAGAGAUGUGUUUUCCCAAGCAGAAGCUCUCUUGAAUCACUACUAUGAGGGUUGCACGGCGACAUUGCUCUUAGUUUGGACAGAUGGCCGUGACAAUUUCUACGUGCAAUGUGCAAAUGUUGGAGAUUCAGCUUGUGUUGUUAAAUUAAGAUGACCGAAGACCACAGGAUAAGUAGCCACUCUGAAAGGCUCCGCAUUGAAGCUACCGGCGAACCUCUCAAGGAUGGGGAAACACGUCUAUGCGGUUUAAACCUGGGUAGGAUGCUGGGAGACAAGUUUCUAAAACAACAGGAGAAUCGAUUCAGUUCGGAACCGUAUAUAAGCCAAGUUGUGUACAUGCAUCAGACAAGCUCUGGUUUUGCAUUGUUGGCUAGCGAUGGCUUCUGGGACGUGAUAAAUACCCGGAAGGCAGUUCAGCUUGUCCAACAGUUUAAAGAAAGAAACACAAAGAAGGAAGAAAUAUCAGCGGAGAAGGUAGCCAACGCUUUGUUGAAUGAGGCCAAAACGCUAAGGACCAAAGAUAACACUUCCAUAAUUUUUCUUGAUUUUGAGACCCCAAUUGCAAUUUCUCAUAAUAGACCUUAAACCUUAGUGUAUCUUUUUUUUUUUUUGAAAUAUUUUUAGUUAUAAAUAUAUCUGUACAUAUAUA